GUCGCAGGAAGACAAGCGUGCGCGCAGCCCGCUAGUAUUCGCAACCUCCGCCGCGCGUGCGUGCUUAACUCAGUGCGACCGUUUGUGUUCAUUCCAUGUUACGUGCAUAACACAACAAAAUGAAAUUCCAUAUUAAAUUUUUCGAUUUCAUACCGGCGCGGUUCAACGUAGCCGUUAUGAUGUUCUUCGCGUGUUGGGUCAACUACAUGAUGAGGGUCAACAUGAGCGUCAACAUCAUUGCUAUGGUACCCGAUGAUAGCACUACUACAUCGGUGAAAAGCGAGUGCGAGGCCAUUGUGACAAACGAUACUUCGUUGUAUAACAGUACUGUGGUCACCAAGCGAGAACUAAGACAGCCAGAUGGAGUGGUUACCUUCGAUUGGACAGCUCAGCAGCAAGCUUACGUGCUGUCAGGGUACUUCUGGGGGUACUCCAUCUCUUGCCUCGUGGGAGGAACCGCGGCCGAGUUCUGGGGUCCAAGGAAACUGGUCUUCGUUACAAUGCUGUUGAUCGCCAUCCUGACCAUCUUGAGUCCUCAGGCAGCAAGGAUACAUUAUAUGGCGCUUGUGGCCGUCAGAUUCGUCAGUGGAUUAGCAGCAGGAUUCCUGUUUCCUGCACUCCAUGCAUUGGUGGCUCACUGGGCGCCACCCCAGGAGAAGGGGAAGUUCGUGAGCGCUCUGCUAGGUGGCGCUAUAGGUACUGUAGUCACCUGGUCGCUAACAGGACCGCUAAUUGAAAACUUCGGAUGGGAUUACGCGUUUUACGUUCCCGGAACAAUCGCGUUAGUAUGGUGCAUUCUAUGGUGGUUUUUGGUCUACGAUUCUCCAGUACAACAUCCACGUAUCUCUGAAAGUGAGAAGAAGUACAUCCUUGAGGCUAUAGGCGACAAAGUUAACCAGAGUGCGACAGAAGCUAAGGUCGUUCCGCCAUUCAGAAAGAUUUUGACAUCGUUCCCAUUCCUUGCUAUGGUGAUCCUUCACUAUGGUAGCAACUGGGGUUUGUACUUCGUGAUGACAGCGGCUCCUAAGUUCGUGUCCAGCGCCCUCGGCUUCAACCUGACGUCCACAGGCACUCUCUCCUCCCUACCUUACCUCGCUAGAAUGAUAUUCUCGCUCAUAUUCGGAGCCGUCGGUGACAGGAUCGUCAAACAGAAUAUAGUAUCAACAACGUUUAUGAGGAAGUUCUUCUGUCUCUUCUCCCACGUGGUGCCCGGUCUGCUUCUCAUCGGGUUAGGAUACACGGGCUGUGCACCCAUCCUCUCUGUAGCCCUAAUUACAUUCUCCAUGGGGUCUAAUGGUGCGGCCACACUAACCAACCUGGUGAAUCAUCAGGACCUGGCACCUAACUUCGCUGGCACACUAUACGGAAUUGCCAACGGAAUAGGCAACACUGCUGGCUUUGUCACGCCGUUGGUCACUGCGCACUUUACCAAGAACGGAAAUGGAUUCGCAGAAUGGCGGCCAGUCUUCAUAACGGGUGCGUCGUUGUACAUCGCGUCAGCUGGAUACUUUAUUCUGUUUGGUACAGCCGAGACUCAGUCCUGGAACUACGUUACUCCCGUAGAAGAAGAAGAAGACAAGAGACAGAACUCUAACUCAACGGACACAACUGUCACGAUCUCACUGAAGACGUAGGCUUAUUCAAGUAAUACGCACAAAUGCAAGAAGCAAUGUUUACAUAAGUCUGCAGAAUAGGUAUUUUUGUCUCUAAGUAGUAGGUAGUAUUUAAGUACGUAUUAUUAAAUCGCCAUAAUUAUUUAAUUACUUGGUCUACUAGAUGUCAAUGUAAAUACGUUUAUGUUUUUGAUAUUUUAGUUCAGCUUUCAAUGUUAACUUAACUGUGGUGUAAUCUGUUGCUGAAUUUAAACGCUCAACAACAUUGGCCACAAUAUAAUGAACUGUUCUGUUCUGCACAGUUUUAUGGAAAACUUUUGUAUUUUAACAGGUUAACAAACAAUUUGUUAAUUUAUAAGUAAAUGAAUACAUAAUAUUAAUGACAUAAUACUGUUUUCCAUUCAAAAGCUUGUGUAUUUAAAGAAUAGUCGGUACCUAGGUAAGUUUAAACCAGAUUAUUCACUAUAUUUUUUAAUGUAGAAACAAAAUACGGUCACAUAAUAUGGCAGAGUAUAAAUUAAUAAUAAGUAUAUUGUUGAUGUAUUUUCCACCUAUAGGAGACUACAACAUACAAUAAGAACUUUGGUUAUGAUUGGCGAUUUGGUUGACUUCACAGAUCAAUUGUAACUUAUAGAUUGUAUACUUUA